AUGGCGCGCAAACUGCCAUGGGCACGACAAGGCGCAAAUGUCCAGCCACGGCCACGGCCACAACGGCCUGCUGCGCAUCGCCGGUCGUUUUCGCCUAGUGCAUCGAGUCGUUUAGGACGUCGCAAGGAUGACAAUGACGAUGACGACGACAACAACAGCCACAACGACGGCGACACCCGCCGUGCAUCCAAGAAAGCAAAGUCCUCGUCCUCAAAGGGAAGGGCACAUGCGUCUCAAAACCAACAAACAGCCCGCACACCGUCCACAUCGCCACCACCGGCACCGCCCCCGGAAAGCUUCAUGGUCGACGGCAUGGACCACGACGACCGCUACCGCAUGGUCGAGGACGAGCUGCUCGCCGUCGCCCAGACGUUCACGGCCCAUCUCCACGCCGCCGCCUACCAGCGACUCAAGCGGCGGGCCCAGCAGGCCAAGGGCCCGACGGCCGCGGCCACGGCGUCUCGCUCGCUCGCCCGGCCGACAGCCAUGACCGGCGUCUCAGCAGCGGCACGGGAUCGCGUGGCACGGCGCACAGCGGCGGCCAAGCAGCGAGCCAAACAGGCAGCGGCUGUGCGUUCCGUGGGGUUGGUCCAACAUGCCGGCGGCGCUGGCGGUGACAACGACGACGACGACAACGUCAACGACACGGACAACACACCCUGGGCGGGCACGGCACUGCACGAUCUGAUGGAGAGCGACCCACGCAAGAGCCGACCGGCGCUGGUGUCGCUGGCAUCCGUAGCGGGGAACCGACCGUCGGCCGUUGUGCCAGGCAGCGGUAUUGGAGGCGGGGAAGUCGACGAUGACGAUGACGACGAUGACGACCUGGAUGGACCGCCUGUGCAGCAAAAGACGACCGCCCGGCCACUCACAUCGUCACCACACGUGCCUCCACGCUCACCACGACAACCAGUGGCCGCUACACCUGGCCAAAAUCGAAUAGCCGGCCGCGACGGCCCACCAGACAAGAGGUCCGUGUCGUUUGCGCCAGAUGUCCAAGCGCGGGAUGUACAGGCCAGGCAUGAGACGGAGGGUGAUGACGAAGAUGAGGAAGACGACGACCCUGCCGACCUCGACGACCCUGCCGACCUCGACGACAUCGACGACCUCGACGAUGCAGGUGACUUGAUGCAGACGCUACGAAAACGACGGGCGCAGGAAAAGGCUGAUCGCCUGCUCGAGAGGAAGCGUCGACGUGAGCACAAGAGAGACGAGCAAGACAAGGGUCCUCUUGAUACGAUUCCGUCGUUUCUGUGA